AUGGCUUCAGCAUCAUUUACGCCGGACAACACGAAUCCUGAGGAUGCGACCAACAUUCCAAGUCCCACAGUGUCAAAUAUCAAAGACUUCUCAGCCUUUCCCAACCUCUGGUAUCGAAUAGACGUCUUAAUCGCCGACCUAAAGAGCUUCAACAAGCCCGAUUCCAAUAAACGGCUGGAGAAGAUAGUUGACCCAUCCUUCAUCGGCGAACACUUUGUUGAAGAAGAACUGAAUAAGCGUCUCGAUCGACGUAACAAGAAACGUGUCGAAAGCGGUGACUUUCGCAUUUGUGCUGCGCACGAUCUUGCUCCUAUAAUGGCACAGGUAUUGGGUAUCGACUUGAAGCAGUUAGAGAAGGACAAAAGGUUUGCAAACCUGGUUGAGGAAAAGGGACUUCCACCUGGGAAGAGAAUGCUGGGGUAG